CUGCGCCGCUUACUGAAACUAGGGUUUCUCAUGCGCAGCUCCUCUUAAGUAUCGCCUCAUCAUCCCCUUCCCCAAUACCCCCAAAGCAGUUCUAACCUCUCCUUCCCAACAUGGCCGUCGGCAAGAACAAGAGGAUUUCCAAGGGAAAGAAGGGAGGAAAGAAGAAGGCGGCGGAUCCGUACGCAAAGAAGGAUUGGUAUGACAUUAAGGCACCAUCAGUUUUUGAUAUCAAAAACGUUGGCAAAACCCUUGUUACUAGGACUCAGGGAACUAAGAUUGCUUCAGAGGGACUUAAGCAUAGAGUAUUCGAAGUGAGUCUGGCUGAUCUUCAAAAGGACGAGGAUCAGGCUUUCAGGAAGAUCAGGUUGAGAGCAGAGGAUGUGCAAGGAAAGAAUGUCCUCACAAACUUCUGGGGAAUGGAUUUUACAACUGACAAGUUGAGGUCACUGGUUCGCAAAUGGCAGACUUUGAUUGAGGCCCAUGUGGAUGUCAAAACUACCGACAGCUAUACUCUGAGGAUGUUCUGCAUUGCUUUUACAAAGAAGCGUCCAAACCAGCAGAAGCGUACCUGUUAUGCUCAGAGCAGCCAGAUCCGUCAGAUCCGUAGGAAGAUGGUUGAGAUCAUGAGAAACCAAGCAAGUUCAUGUGACCUGAAGGAGUUGGUUGCUAAAUUCAUCCCUGAAUCAAUUGGCAGAGAGAUUGAGAAAGCAACUUCAAGCAUCUUCCCCUUGCAAAAUGUUUAUAUUCGAAAAGUCAAGAUCCUCAAGGCCCCUAAGUUUGAUAUCGGCAAGCUGAUGGAGGUUCAUGGUGAUUAUUCAGAAGAUGUUGGUGUGAAGUUGGAUCGGCCAGCUGAUGAGACAGUAGCAGAGGCAGAACCCGAGGUUCCUGGAGCGUAGACUCGUUUCAUCCUUCUGAUGUAUGUGAUCGAAUAUGGUGAUAGUCUUUAGAGCCUCACAUUGUUUUAGUUGAGUUUUGUUGUGGCGAUCUCAAAAUUUUGCUUAUUGUUCUUUGCCUAUGUUUGUUUUAUACAUUAUCAUAGACCAAGAUAUGGUUUUUGCAAUUAUUUAUCAUAAACAAGGAUUACAUCUACUGCUAAUUAUCCCCUUUGUGCUUUUAUCUCACU